UUAUUAUUAUUUUUUUUGUUGAUUAAUUUGUCUCCCGAUAUUUUUUUAUUUAUUCAUCUCAAUAGGCACGCACAUUUAAAUUCUCUUGCAUGUUUCUGUUCACCGAUGAAGUUUCUGAUCAAUUUACGAAUUUUAUUCUGACCCCAAACGCAGGCUUCUUCACUAAAACUUCGGUGUUUUUCGAAUUUGGUGUUUUUGGUACACUACGCAUAGGUAGUUCUUCUACUAUGUCUGGUGCUAAAAGAAGUGCCAACGACAGCGGUUCCAAGCGGAGCCUACCGUCGUGGACAUGUUCAAAGAAGAACGAGAGCGAAAACAGUGAGAAGAAACUAACUUUCGACGGCAAAGGUGAGAAAUCCAAUGAGGGUGAGGCACCCAAGAUGGGCAAAGUUCAAAAUGAGAGUGGUGGAAAAUCUUCUGCCUCAAGUUUGGAGUUUAGAAGCUUCAAUAAACUUCUGGAAGGGGUGGUUUUUGUACUCUCAGGGUUUGUGAAUCCGGAGAGGGGCAUGUUGAGGUCACGAGCAAUGGAAAUGGGGGCACAAUAUCAGCCUGAUUGGAACUCUGAUUGCACUCUCUUGGUUUGUGCAUUUCCAAAUACCCCUAAGUUUAGACAAGUUGAAGCUGAUUGUGGAACCAUUGUAUCCAAGGAUUGGAUAAUAGAUUGUUACACACAGAGGAAGCUGAUUGAGAUUGACAAUUACCUUCUUCAUGCUGGGAAACCAUGGCGUAAAGGAAAUGUUUCAGGAGAAGUCAAUGAAGAUAAAAUACCAUCUGUACCCAAAAAGUCACCGAAGCAUGUUGAUGGAGAACAGCCUUCAAAGUCAACAGCCUCCGUAAAAUCAAAGGGAAAAGGCACUGAUAUUUCUAGGAAAUGCUUUGAGCCUUCGGAAGUGAAGGAGUGGGCCAUUGAUGACUUGAAUAAAACAAUUCAGUGGCUGGAAAGUCAAGAAGAAAAGCCAGAUCCAAAUGAGGUGACGAAAAUAGCUGCAGAGGGAAUUCUAACUUGUUUGCAAGAUGCAAUUCGUUCUAUAGAGGAAAAACAGGUAAUGUACACAGAAUUUUGCAUCACUCUCCAGUUAGAAAGCAUAGAUAUCCGAAAAGGAACUGAGGACUGGAUGUUCUUGCCUCGUGUAGUUGACGAGCUUGCAAAGUUGGAUGUAGUUGGAAACAAAAAGACUUUAUUGUCAAAGGAAGAUCUUCACAGAGAGGCUUUGGAUUGUAAGCGAAUUUACGAGGAGGAACUAAGUAGUUUAGAUCAUCAAAGGAAGAAAAAUUCAAAGGUAAAUAAAGAACAGACGAGCAAAACUGGAAGAACAAAUGCCAUGUCUUCUGAUGCAGUUGAAUAUGAUAGUGAUGAUACAAUUGAGAUGACAGAACAAGAAAUAGACCUUGCAUAUAAAACUUUGUCCUCUAACAUCGGCCACUUGUGAAUUCUGAAUGAACUUGUUUCUUUUGGGGAGAAAGGAAGUUGAUUUGGUUUAGCUAGAUUUUUCUUUGAAUAUUUUACUGUGUAUGUCACAAAGUCUUUGUUAUUGUCAGCCUUAGAUGUUCACCUGUU